AUGCGAGCAAAUAAAGUUCAACAUUUGCUUCAAGACAAUGAUGUUAAAUUUUGGGGUAAUGAUAUCUGGCCAGGAAAUUCACCUGAUCUUAAUGUGGCAGAAUGUAUCGGAUCAAUAAUCAAAGAUGAAGUCGAAACGAAAAUGCUAUCAGAAACUGAAUAUAAUCGAUAUCAUGAAGACACACUUAAAAUGUAUAUUGAAAAUGUCCUAACUAGCAUGGAAGAAGAUACUGAAUUAUUUGAAACUCUUCUAUGUUCGUAUCCAUCUCGACUUCGUGCAGUAAAAAAUGCGAACGGUCGUCGCACAGAUUAUUGA